AUGGUUGCCAAAAUUGGAAUCAAUACGCGAAAGCAUUCUUGGGCUGAUACUGGCGAAUUGAUUGUUGCUAGGUUUUCCGUAACGCGUAAGAUCUUGAUUAUCCCACUCUCACCCUCAUUUCUUAUCGAGCACGAUGACAUCGAUGUCGUGGCUGUAAACGAUCCAUUUAUCGAUCCUAAAUAUGCUGUUUACAUGCUCAAGUACGAUUCGGUUCAUGGAAACUUCAAGGGAGAUAUUUCUUCAAAUGACUCUGGAGACCUAAUUGAGAAGGAUGCGGUAAAUAUCCCCUGGAAAGACACUGGAGUAGAGUAUAUCGUUGAAUCCACUGGAGUUUUCACUACUACUGAAAAAUCUAAACCUCACUUGAAGGGUGGCGCCAAGAAAGUUGUUAUGUAUGCCGAUGCUCCUAUGUUUGUUUGCGGGGUCAAUCUUGCAAAAUAUUCUAAAGACGUUGAAAUCCUUUCCAAUGCUUCCUGCACUACCAACUGCUUGGCUCCGUUAGCCAAGGUUAUCAACGACAAAUUUGGGAUUGCUGAGGGAUUGAUGACCACUGUUCAUUCUUAUACCGCUACCCAGAAGACUGUGGAUGGGCCUUCGGCCAAGGACUGGCGUGGAGGCCGAGCUGCUGCGACCAACAUUAUUCCUAGUAGCACUGGCGCAGCCAAGGCUGUUGGUAAAGUUAUACCAGAGCUUAACGGGAAACUUACGGGCAUGGCUAUGCGUGUGCCUACCCAGAACGUGUCUGUGGUUGAUCUCACAAUUCGUCUCAAGAAUGGCACCAGUUAUGAUCGGAUCAAAAAGGCUGUUAGAGAGGCCGCUGAAGGGCCUUAUAAAGGAAUAAUUGCGUAUACCGAGGAUGAGCUAGUGUCUAGUGAUUUGAACGGUCACGAAGCAUCUUGUAUUUUUGAUGCGAAAGCAGGGAUUCCAUUGAAUGAGAAUUUUGUCAAGCUGAUUGCUUGGUACGAUAACGAAUGGGGCUACUCUCGUCGGGUUCUCGACCUCAUCUCAUAUAUCGCAAAAGUUGAUGCUAAAUAGAUAGGGAAUACCUUCAGUUUCUCUAUUGCUUGAAUUUUGUAGGGUGUUAUGCUCGAUAGCUGAUAGCUUAUAGGCAAUAUUUGCCUCUAUGUUCCUAUAUAAAAUUAAUGUGUUUAAAAUGCAAAAA